AGCAUGGGCCUGGAGCUCUACCUGGACCUGCUGUCUGCGUCGUGCCGCGCCGUCUACAUCUUCGCCAGGAAGAACAGCAUCCCUUUCAACUUCCAGUUUGUGGAUCUACUGAAAGGUCAUCACCACAGCAAGGAGUACAUCGAGAUCAACCCCCUGAGGAAGCUGCCCAGUCUCAAAGAUGGAAAAUUUGUCUUAUCCGAAAGCGUGGCCAUCCUUUUCCACCUGUGUCGCAAGUACAGUGUGCCCUCGCACUGGUACCCACCAGACCUGCACACGCGCGCCCGCGUGGAUGAGUUCAUGGCCUGGCAGCACACAGCCAUUCAGCUGCCCAUGAACAAGAUACUCUGGAUCAAGCUGCUGAUCCCGAUGAUCACGGGUGAGGAAGUUCCAGCUGAGAAGACAGAGCAGAUGCUGGCAGAGGUGACGAACAACUUGAAGCUCUUCGAGGAAAAGUUUCUGCAGGAGAAGAUGUUCAUCGCUGGGGACAACAUCUCCCUGGCUGACUUGGUAGCCCUGGUGGAGAUGAUGCAGCCCAUGGCGGGCAACCAUAACGUCUUCCUCAACAGCUCCAAGCUGGCUGAGUGGCGCAUGAGGGUGGAGCUGGCCAUCGGCUCUGGCCUCUUCUGGGAGGCCCAUGACCGGCUGGUGAAGUUGGCGGAGUGGGACUGCUCCACGCUGGAUCCGAUGGUCAAGGAGAGGAUCUGCGAUUUGCUGCAGAAGUUCAAGUAGAAGCAGCCCAGCCUUCGGGCCUGGCUGGCUCAGCCCCUGGCGCCUCCUACCUUAGGGGAGACGCUGAAAAUCACUGUUUGCCUACUAAAGAACUGUAACAACCAC